CUCACUCUUUCGCUUGCCGCGGCUGCUGCCAGUGUGUGGCUCUGUCUCUCCUCCGCUUUGCCGAGCCCUCCCUUCUUCCUCUCAGUUCCUAGAGUCCGACCGCCGCCGCCGCCGAGAGAGAGGAGAAGGAGGGGGAGCGCGGCCACAGCAGGUCCUAUCUGGUGGUGAGCGGCUGUCAUGAUCUCGACAGCCCCGCUCUACAGCGGCGUGCACAACUGGACCAGUUCUGACCGGAUUCGCAUGUGUGGCAUCAACGAGGAGAGAAGAGCACCUCUUUCUGAUGAGGAGUCCACGACAGGUGACUGCCAGCGCUUUGGAUCUCAGGAGUUUUGUGUCAGCAGCAGUUUUUCCAAGGUGGAGCUCACGGCAGUUGGAAGCGGCAGCAAUGCCCGGGGGGCAGACCCAGAUGGCAGGACAGCGGAAAAACUUGGGCACAAGUCAGAAGACAAGCCUGACGACCCCCAGCCACAAAUGGACUAUGCUGGGAAUGUGGCCGAGGCCGAGGGCCUGCUGGUGCCGCUGAGUGGCGCCGGGGACGGCCUCGCGCUUUCCGCUGCUGACGGCGCCGCCGAGGCCGGCGACAGCACGGCUGACUGCUCCUGGGCUCCCCUCAGCACCCAAAUGAGCAAGCAGGUGGACUGCUCAGCAGCAGGGGUGAAGGCUCUGGACUCUCGGCAUGGCGUGGGGGAGAAGAAUACUUUCAUUCUGGCCACUCUGGGAACUGGAGUCCCUGUGGAGGGAACCCUGCCUCUGGUGACCACUAACUUCAGUCCGCUGCCAGCACCCAUCUGCCCCCCUGCUCCCAGUUCGGCUGCCGUCCCCCCGUCUGUUCCGGAUCCGUUCCAGGUUCCCCUCUCCGUCCCCACCCCGGUGCCCCACUCUGGGCUAGUUCCCGUCCAGGUUGCCACUUCCGUUCCGGCCCCUUCCCCUCCCUUAGCUCCAGUCCCGGCUCUAGCCCCGGCACCACCAUCGGUGCCCACGCUCAUCUCUGAUUCGAACCCCCUUUCAGUUUCGGCCUCAGUCCUGGUGCCCGUGCCAGCUUCGGCUGCCCCCUCGGGGCCCGUUCCCCUGUCGGCUCCAGCCCCCCCCCCCCUCUCAGUCCCAGUUUCAGCUCCUCCCUUGGCUCUGAUCCAGGCUCCCGUGCCCCCUUCAGCUCCAACCCUAGUCCUCGCGCCUGUCCCCACACCAGUUCUGGCUCCCAUGCCGGCGUCCACGCCUCCAGCGGCUCCCAACCCUCCGUCAGUGCCGAUGCCCACCCCAACUCCGUCCUCCGGCCCGCCCUCCACCCCCACCCUCAUCCCUGCCUUUGCUCCUACACCGGUGCCCGCUCCCACCCCGGCCCCGAUCUUCACUCCAGCCCCCACGCCCAUGCCGGCGGCCGCACCAGCUGCCAUUCCCACCUCUGCGCCCAUGCCAGCCUCCUUCAGUCUGAGUCGAGUAUGUUUUCCUGCAGCUCAGGCACCAGCUAUGCAAAAAGUCCCCCUGUCCUUUCAGCCAGGGACAGUACUGACCCCAAGCCAGCCGCUGGUAUAUAUCCCACCUCCGAGCUGUGGGCAGCCGCUCAGUGUGGCCACACUGCCAACCACCUUGGGGGUCUCCUCCACUCUUACACUGCCUGUCCUGCCUUCCUACCUUCAGGACAGGUGUCUCCCUGGUGUGCUGGCCUCCCCAGAGCUCCGGUCUUACCCAUACGCGUUUUCUGUGGCCCGGCCUCUGACUUCAGAUUCCAAGCUGGUCUCUCUGGAGGUGAACAGACUUCCCUGUGCGUCCCCAUCCGGCAGCACCAGCACCCAGCCUGCGCCCGAUGGGGUCCCCGGGCCUUUGGCAGAUACUUCCCUCUCUACUGCUUCUGCCAAGGUGCUUCCAACCCCACAGCCUUUGCUGCCAGCCCCCAGCGUGAGCUCGGCCCCACCGCACCCUGCCAAGGUGCCAGGUGGUGGCGAGCAGCAAACAGAAGGGACUUCCGUCACCUUCUCUCCCCUCAAGUCUCCUCCACAGCUGGAGCGAGAGAUGGCCUCUCCACCUGAGUGCAGCGAGAUGCCCCUCGACCUCUCCUCCAAGUCCAACCGCCAGAAGCUUCCAUUGCCGAACCAACGCAAGACGCCCCCCAUGCCCGUGUUGACCCCUGUGCACACCAGCAGCAAGGCCCUCCUCUCCACGGUCUUGUCUAGGUCUCAGCGCACAACCCAGGCUGCUGGUAGCAAUGUCACCUCAUGCCUGGGCUCCACUUCCUCGCCCUUCGUCAUCUUUCCCGAGAUCGUGAGGAAUGGAGACCCGAGCACCUGGGUGAAGAACUCAACUGCGCUGAUCAGCACCAUUCCUGGCACCUAUGUGGGAGUGGCCAACCCAGUGCCUGCAUCCCUGCUGCUGAACAAAGACCCUAACCUGGGCAUCAACCGAGACCCCCGCCAUCUCCCCAAGCAGGAGCCCAUCUCCAUCAUCGAUCAAGGAGAGCCUAAGGGCACCGGUGCCCCCUGUGGCAAGAAGGGCAGCCAGGCUGGGACUGAGGGACAGCCAAGCACAGUCAAACGUUACACCCCAGCCCGCAUUGCCCCUGGGCUGCCGGGGUGCCAAACCAAGGAGCUCUCUCUCUGGAAGCCCACGGGGCCGGCAAAUAUUUACCCACGGUGUUCAGUCAAUGGGAAACCCACCAGCACCCAGGUCCUGCCUGUUGGCUGGUCACCAUACCACCAAGCGUCUCUGCUUUCCAUUGGCAUUUCCAGUGCCGGGCAGCUGACCCCCAGUCAGGGGGUGCCCAUCAGGCCCACCAGCGUUGUUUCUGAGUUUUCUGGUGUGCCGUCUCUUGGCCCCAGUGAAGCUGUGCAUGGACUUCCCGAGGGGCAGCCACGGCCUGGGGCCCCCUUUGCUCCAGAGCAGGACACUGGCACAAAGAACAAAAGUUGCCGGAUUGCUGCCAAGCCUUAUGAAGAACAAGUCAACCCUGUCCUCCUGACUCUCAGCCCUCAGACAGGGACCUUGGCGCUGUCUGUCCAGCCUAGCAGUGGGGACAUAAAAGUGAAUCAGGGGUCUGAGGAAUCAGAGAGCCACCUCUGCCCCGACAGCACUCCGAAGAUAGAAGGUCCCCAGGGGGCUUGUGGCCUGAAGCUGGCAGGAGACACGAAGCCUAAAAACCAAGUGCUGGCCACCUACAUGUCCCAUGAGCUGGUCCUGGCCACCCCCCAGAACCUGCACAAGAUGCCCGAGCUGCCUUUGCUACCUCAUGACAACCGCCCCAAGGAACUCAUCUUGGAUGUGGUCCCGAGCAGCAAGAGGGGCUCCAGCACAGAGCUUUCACAGCUUGGAAGCCAGGUGGACCUGGGGCGGGUAAAAAUGGAGAAGGUGGAUGGUGAUGUGGUCUUCAACUUAGCCACCUGCUUCCGGGCCGAUGGCCUCCCAGCAGCUCCCCAGAGGGGCCAAGCUGAAGUUCGGAAUAAGGCCGGGCAGGCCCGAGUGAAACAGGAAAGCGUAGGUGUCUUUGCUUGCAAGAACAAGUGGCAGCCAGACUCGGUGGUGACCGAUGGGGUGACCGAAUCUCUGCCACCCAAGAAGAUGAAGUACAGCAAAGAGAAGGAUGGUGAGGAGCAGCAACCACAAGCCAAGGUCACAGCUCGGAGUUCCCACGGACCCAAGUGCCGGAAGCCGCCUAGUGACCCCCAGGAACCCACCAAGAAAAGCCCCAGGGGGGCUUCAGAUUCAGGAAAAGAGCACAAUGGAGUCAGGGUAAAGCACAAGCACCGGAAGCCAGCAAAGCCGGAUUCCCAGUCUCCAGGAAAGCGAGCCGAUGGCCACGAGGAAGGUUCCUUGGAGAAGAAAGCAAAGAGCAGUUUCCGUGACUUCAUCCCCGUGGUUCUGAGCACGCGGACGCGCAGUCAGUCUGGAAGCAUCUGUAGCUCCUUUGCUGGUAUGGCAGACAGUGACAUGGGAAGCCAGGAAGUCUUCCCCACAGAGGAGGAAGAAGAUGUGACCCCCACCCCGGCUAAGCGUCGCAAGGUGAGAAAGGCCCAACAGGACACCCAGUAUCGCAGCCACCAUGCCCAGGACAAGACUCUGCUGAGCCAGGGCCGCCGGCACCUGUGGCGAGCCCGAGAAAUGCCCUGGAGGACUGAUGCUGCCCGGCAAAUGUGGGACACCAACGAGGAGGAGGAGGAAGAUGAGGAGGAGGGCCUGGUGAAGAGGAAGAAGCGGAGACGACAGAAGAGCCGAAAAUAUCAGACUGGGGAGUACCUGACGGAGCAAGAAGAAGAGCAGCGGCGGAAAGGGAGAGCAGAUUUAAAGGCCCGUAAGCAGAAGACUUCCUCCCAAAGUUCGGAGCACCGCCUCAGGAACAGGAACCUCCUCUUGCCCAACAAAGCCCAGGGGAUCUCGGAUUCACCAAACGGUUUCCUCCCAAAUAACCUGGAGGAGCCAGCCUGCCUUGAAAAUUCAGAAAAGCCAUCAGGAAAACGAAAGUGCAAGACCAAGCACAUGGCAAAUGUCUCAGAAGAGGCCAAGGGCAAAGGUCGUUGGAGCCAGCAGAAGACACGAUCUCCCAAAUCUCCCACCCCAGUGAAACCCACGGAACCAUGCACACCCUCUAAGUCCCGAAGUGCCGGCCCAGAGGAGGCCUCCGAGUCACCUACAGCCCGGCAGAUCCCCCCAGAGGCACGUCGGCUCAUAGUGAACAAAAACGCGGGCGAGACCCUCCUGCAGCGGGCGGCGCGUCUUGGCUAUAAGGACGUUGUUCUCUACUGCCUCCAGAAGGACAGCGAAGACGUGAAUCACCGUGACAACGCUGGCUACACAGCCCUGCAUGAGGCCUGCUCCAGGGGCUGGACUGACAUCCUGAACAUCCUGCUGGAGCACGGGGCCAAUGUGAACUGCAGCGCGCAGGAUGGCACGAGGCCAGUUCAUGACGCGGUGGUCAAUGACAACCUGGAGACCAUCUGGCUCCUGCUGUCCUAUGGGGCUGACCCAACACUGGCCACCUACUCGGGACAGACAGCCAUGAAGCUGGCCAGCAGUGACACCAUGAAGCGCUUUCUCAGCGAUCACCUCUCGGAUCUUCAGGGCCGGGCAGAGGGUGACCCUGGCGUGUCCUGGGACUUUUACAGCAGUUCUGUGUUGGAGGAAAAAGAUGGCUUUGCCUGUGACCUUCUGCAUAAUCCUCCCGGGAACUCUGAUCAAGAAGGAGAUGAUGUGGAAGAGGAUGAUUUUAUGUUUGAGCUCUCAGACAAGCCUCUUCUCCCUUGCUACAACCUCCAAGUGUCAGUGUCCCGAGGGCCCUGCAACUGGUUCCUCUUUACCGACGUCCUGAAGAGGCUGAAGCUUUCCUCCAGGAUCUUUCAGGCUCGGUUCCCGCACUUUGAAAUUGCCACCUUGCCCAAGGCCGAGUUCUACCGGCAGGUGGCCUCCAGUCAGCUUCUGACCCCAGCCGAGAGGCCCGGAGGCAUGGACGACAGAUCGGCCCCAGGCUCCUCUGAGACUGUGGAGCUGGUGCGGUACGAGCCCGAGCUCCUUCGGCUCCUGGGGUCUGAGGUGGAGUUCCAGCCUUGGAACAGUUGACCAGGCCAAGGGCCGCUCCCUUUUCUUCUUUCUCCUCCCCCCCCCCCCGGGCCUUCCCCCCCCCCCCGAGCACCAGACUGCAGAAUGAGGCAAUAAUACGGACCAACAAGAAGCCGCCUUAUCAAUGCCAGCAUUAGUGACUGGAUUUUUUUUUUUCCGGUUAUGAUUAGUUCUCAUCUCCCUGUCAUCGUCUUUGUUGUUGUGGUUGGUGAUGGGAGUGGAAAGUUGAACUCCACAUCUGAGGACAAGAGGUCCCGGGGAUGGUGGGAGGUGGCGCCAGGGUCCAUUGGACUGGCUUCCUUUGUGUGUGACCAAGACCACACCUGGGCGCUGGGGUGGCCUCGGCCUGUCCGGAGGAGAAAUGAGAAAAGCCCAAAUCUCUGAGCGACCCCUCCGUUCCCCUGUGUUCUUCUGUCUUCCAUAGUAUUUAUUUUAUUAGUAUUUAAUUUGUAUUGUUUCAUUGGUUUCUGAUAAGUCUGUAUCACUGUGACGAUUUGAGACAACUUGUUGUAUUGAGGGACUUUCUUCACCUCCUUUCUUUGUCUUUCUUGAUCAGCUCUGGAGCUGCCCCCUCCCUCUGACAAAGUGACUCCCAGGUUUGUUUUCACCCCACUGGGGAGGGGGCAAGAGG